CGCGCGCGGCGGUUCCGCUUCCCCCUCCGGCUCCUGCCGCCGCCGCCUCGGUGGGUCUCGCCGCCGCCAUUGCAGGAGGCCCCGUGUGGCGGCCGCGCCCCGUCCGCCUCGCCGCCCCUCUCGCCGCUGCCGGGCCGUCUCUGGAGGCGGCCGGCACUGCCGUCAGCCCGUGCUUUUGCUAGCUAUUGAGAACCAUGUCUGACAACGGAGAACUGGAAGACAAGCCACCAGCUCCUCCUGUCCGGAUGAGUAGUACUAUCUUUAGUUCAGGGAGCAAAGACCAGUUGUCUGCCAACCACAGCUUGAAACCCCUGCCCUCUGUGCCGGAAGAGAGAAAACCUAGGAAUAAAAUCAUCUCUAUAUUCUCUAGCACUGAAAAAGGAAGCAAGAAAAAGGAAAAAGAAAGGCCAGAAAUCUCUCCUCCAUCAGAUUUUGAACAUACCAUCCAUGUUGGCUUUGAUGCGGUUACUGGAGAAUUUACUGGAAUGCCAGAGCAAUGGGCUCGGUUGCUACAGACCUCAAAUAUCACCAAGUUAGAGCAGAAGAAAAAUCCUCAGGCGGUACUAGAUGUACUGAAAUUCUAUGACUCCAAAGACACAGCAAAACAGAAGUAUCUGAGUUUCUCUGCUCCAGAAAAAGAUGGUUUUCCUUCAGGAACACCAACGACGAAUGCCAAAGGUUCAGAGCCAUCAACAGCUGUAGCCGAUGACGACGAGGAUGAUGAUGAAGAAGCUCCUCCUCCAGUUAUUGCUCCACGGCCAGAUCACACAAAAUCGAUUUACACGCGGUCUGUAAUCGACCCCAUCCCUGCACCAGCUGGUGACUCUUCUGUUGACAGUGCGACCAAAUCAGGUGAUAAACAGAAAAAGAAGACCAAAAUGUCAGAUGAAGAGAUCAUGGAAAAACUACGUACUAUUGUGAGCAUAGGCGAUCCCAAGAAAAAAUACACCAGAUAUGAAAAAAUUGGGCAGGGGGCUUCAGGUACAGUUUUCACAGCUAUUGAUGUGGCAACAGGGCAGGAGGUUGCUAUCAAACAGAUAAACCUGCAGAAACAGCCCAAGAAGGAGUUGAUUAUUAAUGAGAUCUUGGUAAUGAAGGAGCUAAAGAACCCCAACAUAGUCAACUUCUUGGACAGUUACCUUGUAGGAGAUGAACUGUUUGUGGUGAUGGAAUAUCUAGCUGGAGGCUCACUAACAGAUGUGGUCACAGAAACAUGUAUGGAUGAAGCACAAAUUGCUGCUGUUUGCAGAGAGUGCUUGCAAGCGCUUGAGUUCCUGCAUGCCAACCAGGUCAUCCACAGAGACAUUAAGAGUGACAAUGUGCUGUUAGGAAUGGAUGGAUCAGUUAAACUCACCGACUUUGGUUUCUGUGCUCAGAUCACCCCAGAGCAGAGCAAACGCAGUACUAUGGUUGGGACUCCUUACUGGAUGGCUCCUGAAGUGGUCACACGGAAAGCAUAUGGCCCAAAAGUGGAUAUUUGGUCUCUGGGAAUCAUGGCUAUUGAAAUGGUGGAAGGAGAACCCCCAUACCUCAAUGAAAACCCUUUGCGGGCUUUAUAUUUGAUAGCGACUAAUGGCACACCAGAGCUGCAAAACCCUGAGAAACUAUCCCCAAUAUUCCGGGAUUUCUUAAACAGAUGUUUGGAGAUGGAUGUAGAAAAAAGAGGAUCAGCCAAAGAAUUAUUGCAGCAUCCCUUCUUGAAACUGGCCAAACCUCUUUCUAGCUUGACGCCACUGAUCCUAGCAGCCAAAGAAGCAAUGAAGAGUAACCGCUAACAUUGUUGCCAUGGCCUUCAUCUUUUUGUGAUGUUUUUGUUUUGUUUGUUUUUUUUACAAAUCUUUAUAAUAUAUGAAAUUGUUACACUUGUGGUGGGAGGGAAGAGAAGGGGUGGGAUUGGGGAAAAAGAAGUCUGCAAAAGGGAAGAAACUCUUAUCCAGAAGACACCCAAAAUAAAUUGUGGUGACACUAGUGAACCCUUUCUGCGGUCCAGAAGGAAUUGAGGACUGAAUUACUGGUCUUUUUUUUUUUUUUUUUUUUUCCCCAUUUUUUUUCAAUUCCUCCCCCCCCCCCCCCGGACAGCCAAGGAAAGCCACUUACUGUGCCCACAGUUUUAAGGGUUUUUGAUGACUUUGCUGUAACAGCUCCCAUUCAUCGUACCCUUCUGGAUACUUUCAAUACUUGAAUGACAGAUUCAAGCUUUCAGAGAGCAGCACUGAUUUUACCUGCUGAUCUCUCUCUUUCACUCUCCUCUUCUUCCGCUCUGCCUAUUGACUUUUAAAUUGCUCUAGUAAGCCCCUGUAUGACUAGGUUAACAGCAAAUAUAACAAAGUGUGAAGGUACAUCUUGCCUCUCCUUCCUUUUACGGAUUAACUGUGACUGUACUCUAGAAUUAACGGUUUGGCUACUUAAGAAAUCAUAUGUUGAAAUGUUUCUUUUAAGAAAAAAAUUGAGAAAGGGGGAAGAGAAGUAUUCACUGUUUCUUACAUGCCUGUGUUCUGUGGACUUCUAAUCAAAGGUGUGACCUCUUAGUAAAAACUUCAUGAUUGGUCAAGUCUUUAGAUGCCAGGUUAUGGAUAUGUGGAGAGGGGUCAGAUACUUCAUUUAUGAUCAAAUGAUCAGUUAAAGUCAGGGCAAGAAAAAAAUUCCAGCUGUCUUCCUGUCUGCUCUUUUUUCAUGUUAGACUUGCCAGCCAGAAACUUAAGGGAUAUUUUGCUUUGUGUGGUGGCAGUUCAAAGACACAUAUCUGUACUCUGACUUGGGCUUUGAGAGUUAUGCUGGUGCCUUUGAUUUUUUUAUUUUACAUUUCCCUUCUUUGUAUCAAGUACAUUUUUGUAUAUAUUGUAAUUUUUCCCAAGCAAAUAAUGCAUCAACCUAUGGAGUUGUCAGAAUUUAAAUAUGUGCUCCAUUUGUACUAAUGAAAUCAAAAGAACAAAUAAUGAGAUCUGAGGACACUGAAGAUGCAAGACUUUUAAAAUAUAGUUCAAACAGAAGAUUACAAACACCUGGAAAUGCCAAAGUGCUGUUCUGUGAAGACCAAGGUUGAGAGUGGAGAACAGUGCUGCCAGAUGUUAAUGGGGUGUAUUUGACUGGCUAGUUUGAGGCUGAAGAGACUUGAUAUGUUACACUGGUCCUUUCUAACUAAAGACAUUUUACCAGCUAGAAUUGCUGAAGUCAUACUCAAUGCAAGAAAAACUGCCUCCCUCUAGGGGCAGUGAACAACUUAAGUGGUUGAGUACUUGGGGUAUUAACAGAAGCAAUUGUAGAAGAAUCUGUGGCCCCUGGCUUCUUCUAGUGCUGCAGUCCAUGCAUUUCAACCUCCAGAACAGUUUAAUGAAGACCCAACUCUUAACUACAGUGUGCCAAAUGAUUCUGUGAAAGAACAGCCAUUAAUUUAGUGGGAAUCUAUUUUUUAUUGCACUCCUGGUGGGCAAAUCCUUGGAUGGGUAUGGUUAUGGCUGGGUAUGGACAGAGGACCCCAAAUUAAAAUUUUCAUGUACUUUUACAAACAUUGCUGUGAGAAGAUAAAGUUAUUAUUUUAGGUAAUUCCAGUAUUCAUAUAGAGAUAGAAAUAACACUGUUUUGGGGGACUGGUAGCCAAGAUAUGACAAAACUAAAUUCCAGCUGCAAGUGGCUGGGCAUAACAGCUGAGCCUGUUUGUGAGGAAGGAGAAGCGAGGCAAGGGUCUCAGUUUCUGCUGCUGCUCACUAGGUGCUAGGAAGUUGCUUUGUACCAACAAGAUGCCUUAUUUUGUAAGGAACCACAGUAUCAUGGUUCAAUUUGUAUUCUGGUAAGCUCUUCUGUGGAAGGUACCAAGUAAAUUGCUAACUGUACCAUUAAAAGAAUAAAUAUCCUUAUAGCUGUAA